CCUUGUUUGUGUAUUUUAAUCAUUGAAGGAAAUAACAGGUAGUUCACUGUGCUGCUCGUAGCAUCUGUACCUUGGUUUUGGGUUCUUCAAUAUGAUCAGUGACUUGGAUGGUAUCUCUUCGCUCUGUCUGCCGUGAUUUUCUCGCUGCAGUGCUUUAGCGAGCGGAAUACGAAACUGCUUCCAGCUGAACACUUUUGAAUAUCAGCAGACUGAAUGACACGCGAUUUAUCGCCCGGCAGAAUGAGUGCGAAUUAGGAGGACGCUAUCGAAAUGGAUUGGAACCCCUUCCACCGGCACAAAAUAUAAGUGAUCGGUGCAUUUCUUUAUUUAAAAAAAGACCCGGUUCUGCGAUGGAAUGGUGCAAGCCGCCGCGUUCACUCCCCGCGUUCUGAAGAGAGACAACACAAUGGAGAUACAUCCAAUAUGCACAAAGCUUUGCCAACAUAAGCCCCAUGAUCUGAAAGAUGAUGUAUCUGAGAAGCAGUGUCCAGUCACAGUGAAUUCUCGCCAUAUGAAAAAGGCUUUUAAAGUCAUGAAUGAGUUACGCAGCCAAAAUCUUUUGUGUGAUGUGACCAUUGUUGCUGAAGAUGUAGAGAUUGCGGCCCACAGAGUAGUACUGGCAGCCUGCAGUCCUUAUUUCCAUGCAAUGUUUACAGGUGAGAUGAGCGAGAGCCGAGCCAAGCGAGUCAGGAUAAAGGAAAUGGAUGGGUGGACUUUGGGGAUGCUCAUUGACUAUGUUUACACGGCAGAGAUUCAGGUCACUGAAGAUAACGUACAGGUGUUACUGCCAGCAGCUGGUCUGCUGCAGCUCCAGGAUGUGAAGAAAGCUUGUUGUGAAUUCUUAAGCUCCCAGCUACAUCCCACUAACUGCUUGGGUAUCAGAGCCUUUGCAGACAUGCAUGCAUGUACAGAACUGCUGAAUCAAGCCAAUACCUUUGCAGAGCAGCACUUUUCAGAGGUGGUACAGAGUGAAGAGUUUGUGAACCUGGGAAUUGAGCAGGUGUGCAGCCUGAUAGCCAGCGAUAAGCUUACUAUCCCUUCAGAGGAGAAGGUUUUUGAAGCUGUAAUUUCCUGGGUUAACCAUGACAAAGAUGUCCGACAGGAACACAUGGCCCACCUUAUGGAACAUGUACGGCUGCCUCUGCUCUCCAGGGAGUAUCUAGUCCAGAGAGUGGAAGAGGAGUCCCUUGUUAAGAACAGUAGUGCAUGUAAAGAUUAUCUCAUUGAGGCCAUGAAGUACCAUCUGCUUCCUGCUGAUCAGCGCUCCAUGAUGAAAACUAUCAGGACUAGAAUGAGAACACCAGUCAGCCUUCCAAAGGUAAUGGUUGUGGUAGGAGGCCAAGCCCCUAAAGCCAUUCGCAGUGUGGAGUGUUACGAUUUCAAAGAGGAGCGCUGGUGCCAGGUCGCUGAACUUCCCUCCAGAAGGUGCAGAGCAGGUGUUGUGUACAUGGGGGGCCUCAUCUAUGCUGUUGGAGGAUUUAAUGGCUCAUUAAGAGUGCGCACGGUCGACUCGUAUGACCCAGUCAAGGACCAGUGGACAUGUGUUGCCAGCAUGCAAGAUCGGCGAAGUACUUUAGGAGCUGCUGUCUUAAAUGGUCUUCUUUAUGCUGUUGGAGGCUUUGAUGGGAGCACAGGCCUGGCAACUGUAGAAGCAUACAACAGCAAGACAAACGAAUGGUUUCACAUUGUGCCAAUGAACACCCGGAGGAGCAGUGUGGGAGUGGGUGUUGUGGGAGGGUUGCUGUAUGCAGUUGGAGGUUAUGAUGGAGCAUCACGGCAGUGUCUUAGCUCCGUAGAGGCGUACAAUCCAAACACUAAUGAAUGGAGCUACGUCGCUGAGAUGAGCACUCGGCGGAGUGGAGCAGGUGUCGGGGUUUUGAAAGGAUUGCUGUAUGCUGUUGGAGGACAUGAUGGACCCUUAGUGAGGAAGAGUUGUGAAGUCUAUGAUCCUGCCACAAACUCAUGGAAGCAGGUUGCAGACAUGAACAUGUGCAGACGAAAUGCCGGUGUGUGUGCUGUAAGUAAUUUGUUGUAUGUAAUUGGUGGAGAUGAUGGGUCCUGUAACCUGGCGUCUGUGGAGUAUUACAACCCAAGCACUGACAAAUGGACCCUUUUGCCUUCUUGCAUGAGCACAGGCAGGAGUUACGCAGGUAAAAGGGGAAGAGCAGUACAAUUCAAAGAGGCUCACUGGGCAUUGUGAAGGACACACAGAUGAUUUUGUGAGAACUUCACAUCAAGGGAUUAUUGUUAGUUUACAUUUACGGCCAUUUUAUACCAAAUUAACAGUUGUCAAGUUAACUUUAGUGCUGUGACCUUUGUAACAGCACAGGAGGGAUGAGAGCAACAUUGCCUAUUGAAACACCCACUGCCUCUUUCACACACUGAGACUACACCACUGAUGGAGCGCUACAGCAGCUCUCGCUGAUGAACACUGUAACACACACACGGGAAGCCGAGCAGCUGAGCACCAUUACGUAGCAAGUCCCAGUUGUCAUGUGUGAUUCAAGCCUGCCGUACCCUGGUAGUGCCUGAUCACUUGUGCAUUGCCUCUUGGGGAAUUCCUGUCAAAGGUACCUGAUGGCAUGCAAGAUGUAAAGUGGAUGUCUGGACAUCAAUCAGUACUCCAGAAAAGAGCCACUCAUGAACCUCCAGUUUAAGGUUUUACCUAUGUAAAUAUAUGGUAUAUGGUUUCUAAUUAAAGACGAGCUUAGCAGCUUUUCUUACAUUUCUUGAAAUGCUUAUCUUUAAUCUGGAAAAUGAUGCCAUCUACUGAGCAAAAUAAAACAAGGACUACUGUAAUAUUUACAGCUGAUUUGGAGCUGCAAAGGAAAAAGUAGAGGUUUAUUCCUCGCUGAAAAGAAAUAUGUAUGCUUUAUACAUUUCAUCAUGGAAUGAGUCUCUACAUAUAAGAUGUCCUUGCAGACUUAUUUUGGGGAGGGAAUUUAAAAUUAAUUUUAGCCUCUUCUGAGGUACGCGACAGAGUAAUAUUGCCUGUUUUUUGCUAUGUGAUAUGCUGAGUGCCACCAGGGGAUAAACCUGAAAUUACCUGACCGACCUGAAGUCGGUCAGGGCCUUCUCUGUUUUUCGGUAAACAGUAACUCUGGCACCUUGGUGGACUGUUAACAACAUGACUACCACUCUCUGCAGUCCUGUGGAGUUUGCUGGAGACCCAUGUCUUAAAACUAUUAGUGAUUCCAAAUUGGAUGGUUAAAUAAGAAAAUUAAGAACUAAUUGUAUUAUGUCUGUGUAUGAAUCAGGCCUGUUACUUUUACUCAUUUGGUUAUUUGAUGUUCUCUUCAGACUUGUAAGUUGUUUUAAUUUCU